AUGGAAUCUGACUCGGAGAGAGAAAUAAAUAUCGAAAAUUUCAUUCAAGAAAUACAAAAUCGUCCAGCAAUAUGGGACAUGUCCAAGAGGGAGUACAGUGAUCGUAUUGCAAAAAAGAAAGCGUGGGAAGAAAUCAGUACUUUAUUCAUAACAGAUUUUGCAACGAAAAAUACAAAGCAAAAAAAUGAAGAAGUUAUACCUCUUGAGAAUUGUAAAACUUGUUCUUCUUCUGGGUCAGUGUUUGGGUUACAAUCGAGUCCAGAAAUCGAUGCUCUAAAAUUACAAAAGAAAUGGAAAAGUAUCAGAGAUGCGUACACGAGGGACAGAAAUAAAAAAUCUAAAAGUGGAUCGGGAGCAACUACAAGUAGAGACUACGUAUAUUCACAUUGUUUGUCUUUUCUUAACCGAUUAUCAAAUACUCGGCCUUUGAAUAAUUCACAAAAAGAAAACCAGAAUCCUCGCCCGAAUUCUAGAAAAGAAACCGUCGAAGUAAAUAGUGAUGAAGACAACUCUGAGAAUCUCAUCAAAAUUUUAACUGCAAGGAUGGAAAAUAAGAAAGAAAAAAAUAAUCCGGAUUACAAUUUUUUUAUAUCAUUACUGGAUGAUUUUAACACCAUCAGUUCAAAAUAUAAAAUGGACGCGAAAAUGGAAAUAAUGAGUAUCAUAAAAAAAUACAUGCAGAUGUCAAAAUAUUUCAACCAAAAUUCUAAUAAUAACGGAGGUUAUUUUACGCCAAUGGGAACGUCUUUCUCGUCUCACGUGCCCCAUGCACAAACACCCGAAACAUCGCAAAAUUUUUACACUUCAUCGCCUUCGCAUUCUCAGCUAAGCGAUACUACACAAGAGCCAUUUUAUAGCGACCUGUUUUGCGAUGAUGGUGAAAAUUAGAUAUUGAUUAGCUAUCUUAUAUGAUUAUUACCUCAGAUUAAUACCUACACAGAAUGGAACAUAAGAGAGAUACAAAAUAUAUCUUAUUUUGUGGGUGAUUUUGCAUGAUUUGUCAAAUUAUUUAAGUGAUAACCGUUCUGUACACUGUAAUACUUAAUUAAAAUAUAUUGUUAUUCUUUCAUCUA